AUGAAAGAAGAUACAUAUAAGGAUACUCAACUAUUUAAACCAAAUGAUACAAAUAUAUAUGAAAAUAUAGGAGAGGAGAAUAAAUUAAAAAAUAACAUUUGUGCUGAAGAAUUAUUUCAUUACAAAAACAUAAGCACAGACGUAAAAACAAAGGUAAUACCAGGUCCAGUUAAAACAACAACUAUUGAAAAAAUUACGAAAAUCCCCAAUAUUAUUUUUAAAGAGAGAUUAAUAGAAACAAAAAAAGAGAAAAAAGAAAAAAAGGUUAUAACUAAAGAAGUAGAAAUUGAAAAAAUCGUUGAAGUAGUUCAAAAUGAACAAAAAAUUGUAUAUAAUGAAGUAAAAGUACCCAAAUAUGUUGAUGUUCCAAUUAUUCAUCCAAGACAAGAAGUAUAUCAUCAAGAAAUUUCAAAAAAUAUACCAAAAGGAGUAGAAUUAGUUAUAACAAAAACAUUAGAGGUUCCUAAAAUCAAACCAAAAUAUGUUGAAAUUCCUGUUCCUAUUUAUGUGCCACGUUAUAUUGAAGUACCUAUACCUAUACAAUAUAUACCAAUUGAACAAAAUGAAGACAAAGAUUAUUUUACUUCAGGAAUAUCAAAUAGUUCUAAAUUGUCUAAACAUCCUAAUUUUUAUAGUUCGUCAAUUGAACAUUCCCCAAAUUAUAAUACGCCAAUUACUAUGAAUCAUAAUUUAAAUGUAAAUGAUGAAAAAUCAUUGGAUUUUAGUUCGAAGUGUUCUAUUCAAAAUAUGUCUUCUGAGCAAAGAAAUGUUGAAAAUUUGGUAAUCUCAGGAAAUUUAUAA